GGCGCCGUGUGGACAGCAGCAGGGGUCUGAGGAGAGGAAGGAGGGAGAAAACUGAAGAAAGAAAAGAUUGGGACCGGACAGGCUAGUGGGCUGGAGGAUGAGGAGGGGGAGAACAGAUUCAGACAAGGCAGAGAAAGAAAGGGGUGGGAGUAGAGAAGGUUACCUCAUCUAGAGCUGCUUGUGCACACGGUGCGGGAGACAAGUUGUGGGAAAGUAAACAGCACAGGACAAUUCCAGUCUGUGUCCAGCCACUUGCAGCCCUCACAGGACACCGUAGAGAUGAGAGAGCUGGAGCCGGCACUGCCGUGAGAGCUGCGUCUAUGGGAUGUUACCAGGAUUAAAGGGUCACCAGGGAGUGCCCUGAAGCUUCUUGGACAAGAAGCAAUUAUGUCUGCUAUGAUGUCUCACAAACCACCCAAAGAGGAAGAAGAGGAGGAUGAGGAGGAACAGGGAGAAGAGUUUGUGUUUGACGACAGCUCAGAUGAACAUAAAAGUCUGGGGGAUGGUAAAGAGAUCAUCCAGGAGUCAAAGAAGGAGGCCGGCGAGGUGUCAGGCUGUGCUUUACAAAGAGCUGCAGACAGUACACAGCUUAUUAAAUCUUCACCUCCUGCUGGACCGGAGAGCACCGCUGCUCUAAUUCCCACAGACGUUCCAGCUUCCGAGUCGCCCAGCUGGACCUCAGCAGCACCAGCCGGUCUCAGCUCUCCAGCUCCAGGAGACGGUCUUCCUGCAGUGUCGUUGUCAGAAGCGACAUCGUCUGAUUCAGGAGACCACAGCAAGGAAAGCUGUGACUCGAGGGAUGUCUCUGAAGAAGCAGAGACAGCAGAGGUGAUCUAUGAUGAUGUUCCCAGUGAGGGACCUCUGUGCCCCAAUGAAGCAGACAUGAUCUACGAGGACAUACAGAGAGACUCUGCUCCUGCGGAGGCGAACAACGGAUGGAGCUCCAGUGAGUUUGAGAGCUACGACGAGCAGUCGGACACUGACACCAAACUACCGACCAAGAGCAAGCUCUCCCCUGACGUGCGUCGGCUGAGGGACCGGUGUGCCAGGACCAAGCGGGAACUGGCCAUGAGGCUGUCUGGAAACAACUACGACAUCAAGGUCCAGCAGCUCAUGAAGGCGGCAAGAAGCGGCACCAAGGAUGGGCUUGAGAGGACCAAAAUAGCCGUCAUGAGAAAAGUCCCCUUCCUGCAGAGAAAAGACCAAACGGAGGAGGAGGAUGAUGCUGGAUACCUGGAUGUGGCUGUGUCAGAAGUGAAGCAUCCUCCCCCGCAGUUGAGCCCGAUGCCAGAGGGGCUGACGAACCACCAGGUUGUCAGACGCCAUAUCCUCGGCUCCAUCAUUCAGAGCGAGCGGAGCUACCUGGAGUCUCUGAGGAGGAUCUUGCAGGAAUAUCAUCGACCCUUGAUUGAGGCUGAUCCCCGCAUCCUGAGUCCAAGGAAGAUCCGACCCAUUUUCUACCGGGUCAGAGAGAUCACCCAGUGCCACUCCAUGUUUCAGAUCGCUCUGACCUCUCGUGUGGCAGAAUGGGACAGCAGCGAGAAAAUCGGGGACCUUUUUGUUGCUUCGUUUUCCAAGUCCAUGGUGCUGGACAUCUACAGCGAUUACGUGAACAACUUUACCAACGCAAUGGCUCUCAUUAAAAAGGCGUGCAUGUCCAAACCAGCUUUUCUGGAUUUUUUGAAGAAGAAGCAGGCUUCCAGCGUCGACCGGAUCACUCUCUAUGGACUGAUGGUUAAACCCAUUCAACGAUUCCCUCAAUUCAUUUUGCUCCUGCAGGACAUGCUGAAGAACACACCCACUGGCCACGUGGACCGGCUCCCCCUGCAGCUCGCCCUGACCGAGCUGGAGAUGUUGGCCGAGAAGCUGAAUGAACAGAAACGAGUUGCCGACCAGAUAGCAGAAACUCAGCAGCUAGCCCGCAGCAUCAGUGAUCGCCUGCUCAGUAAGCAACUGAACUCGGAGCAGAGGUCGCUGGUCCUUUGUGAGACGUUCAUUGAGACUGUGUAUGGCGAGCGGGGACAAGUCCUGAAGUCAAAAGAAAGAAAGGUCUUCCUCUUUGAUGAUGUGCUCCUCUGCGCCAACAUAAAUGUCAAAGGGCCUCCAGAUAUCAGCAGCCUGGUCCCUGUUGGCCCCAAGUACACCAUGAAGUGGAGCGCCCCCCUUCAGCAGGUGCAAGUAGUAGAGGUCGGACUGGAGGGCUCUCAAAGCAAGGACGCUAUGUUUCAGCAAAGUGGGGCUAAGAGGCCAAGUGUUUCCUGCAAUUCAGGUAAAGCUCUCCUGGGUCCUCCUCGGCUGUACCAGGAGCUGCAGGAACUGCAGCAUGACCUCUCGGUGGUUGAAGAGGUUACUCUGCUCGUAGGCACCCUGCAGGGCACGUACCAGAACCUGAACACCACUGUGGCACAGGACUGGUGUCUGGCUCUGCAGAGGCUUAUCCGCAUCAAAGAAGAACAGAUCCAGUGUGCUAACAAAUGUCGCUUACGCCUGCAGGUGCCUGGCAGGCCAGACAAGUCCGGGCGACCUGUUAGCUUCAUGGUGGUCUUCAACACUCCCAGCCCCCUCAGUAAGAUUUCCUGGGUCAACCGUCUGCACUUGGCAAAGAUUGCAUUACGAGAGGAGAAUUCGCCAGGCUGGUUGAGCGGAGAAGACGAAGGGAGGUCAAUUGCACCAUUUUGCUGUCCACUGCUCGCUUGCCAAAUGCCUGUUUUUGCUACAAGGUCUCAGGAGAGAAAGCUUGAAACGGCCCUCCACAAUCCUGUUCAGUGUGCCCUGUUGGGCUUCUCUGCAGCGAGUACAUCCCUACCUCAAGGCUACUUCUGGGUGGCUGGUGGAGGAGAAGGACCUCAAGGCCACAUAGAGAUAUUUUCCCUCAAUAGACCAACACCAAGGUAUGUGAAGAGCCUGCAGGUAGGCUCAGCUGUCCGAUGUCUGGAAUAUGUUCCGGCACCUUCUCCAUCCGAAGAGGAUGAGUCCGGCAUUCACAAGACUGCCACAGGGAUUGGUACCAGCAUUUGUGUUGGAUUAGAUGAUGGACGGAUCCUGGUCUACGGUAGCGUGGACUCAGCAGCACAAUGCCUGCUGACCCUCCACAGCCCAGAGGGCUGCCCCGUGCUCUGCCUGAAGCACUCCUCUCGCUUCCUGUUUGCUGGCUUGCAGAACGGGACGGUGACGGUUUAUGGAAGAGCAAACAGCGAUGAUCUCUGGGAUCCAGCUUCCUGCAGAUGUGUAAGCCUGGGAUCAGAGCCCAUUCGGACGUUGCUGCUGUUGGACGAGUCUGUUUGGGCGAGCUGUGGGAACUCAGUCACAGUAAUAGAAAACUCCAGCCUUGUGACUCAGAAAUUUGAAGUCCAUCCAAACUCAGCGAUUGGCGUUACACACAUGGCCUGUGCUGGCGGGGGGGUGUGGAUGGCGUUCUCUGAAGGUUCCUCCAUCCGUCUCUUCCACACAGAAACUCUAGAGCUCCUGCAGGAAAUCAACAUUUCCACGCGCUCCAUUCUGCUGGACACAGGUCAAAAGGGGUUGCAGGUCACAAGUCUUCUAAUUUGCCAAGGGCUGUUAUGGGUUGGAACGGCUCGGGGCCUAAUCAUCACUCUUCCAGUUCCCAAACUGGAGGGCAUUCCCAAAAUAACAGGAAAGGGAAUGAUCUCUCUGAAUGCUCACUGUGGGCCUGUGGACUUCCUGGUGGCAACCACCAGCAUUCUGUCCCCUGACCUCCUCAAGAGAGAUUCUUUUGCGGAUGCUCCAGACUCUGCCUGCGGAGGGGAGGAUCGGAGCGACUCCUCUUCUCAGGACUCCCUGCAGCCGUCCAGCUGCUACAAAGGAGAGGAGAAGAGCAAGGGGCGUGGCGUCCUGCUGCAGUACAAGCUGCGUUCCACAUCAGGUUUACCUGGAUGGCCGCUAACAGCGCAGGGCGACGAGGCGUCGGACUCCUCCCUGGAGUCUUUGGAGCACAGUGUGGAGGACGGGUCUAUUUAUGAACUCAGCGAUGACCCUGAGAUGUGGGUUCGGGGUCGGUCAUGUGAGCGGGAUGGGGCGCGCCGAGACCGGGUUAUCUCUGCAGCGGUUAUAUCUGGAGGGAAGGGUUUUCGUAGACUGAGGGAAGGUGCUGCAGCAGGUCAUAGGACAAGUGGAGACAGUUUAGAAAAUAUUCUUAUGGUAUGGCAGCUCCCGCUGACGGUGUGAUAGGGAAAAUAUAGACCAAGGUGAUGUUUAUUUAUAGGAUUCCACCCAGCUUAGCCUUGAGUCACCUCCAUAAAUUUAAAGGAUUUGAAUGUAUGAGUGGGUGCUGCCACUGUCUAAGAGCUUGACGUUUUAUCAUUUAGACUCUGGAAAUAAAAGGAAGCUCAGACAUGCUGUUUUUGACAGGGCGCUUCCAACCCAAAAGGAUCCUUCAGGAUUGUAAUGUCAUCAUCUUCUCAGCAGUGGCAGGGGUCGCCGCAGAUUAGUUCCAUGUCAUCAUUCCGAUCUGCCUCCUCUUCCUGCCUUAGUUGAGGCUGAUAUGGCUCACUUUAACCUCAUCAAAGCUGCAUGAGCUCUGCCAUAUUGCUUUUCUGUAAAACACUUCAGUGAGAGCAGCCAUGGACAGCAUGCCUUGGAGAAGAGAAGCCUUUGUUGAGUCUUCCAUGCUGCAGAGCUAGUAAUGGGUGUCUUCUGUCUGAUCCUGCGGGAGACAUCUAAUGUGUUCUGAGUUGGACGUCGGAGACAAACAUCACAUAACAAAGCAUAUUAGCGUCACUAUGUUAGCUUUUCCUGCAUUUAUCUCAGCCAAUGCAAUGUGAACAGGUGAAACUUUUGUUUCUCAAAAUUCAAAUUCAGUCUGCCUGUCACUUAAAAUCAGCCUUUUGUUGUGUUAGCUAGCAUAAAGGAAUAUCCAAAUAACUAACUAAUUUACAACCUAUAAUUGCACUCUACUUAAACAUUGUGGGCAACGGUGGUACAGGAGUUAAGUGCUCGUCCCCUAAUUGAAAGAUUGCAGGUUCGAGCCCCACUCAGUUUGUCGCUGUUGUUGUGUCCUUGGGCAAGACACUUAACCCACCUUGCCUGCUGGUGGUGGUCAGACGGACCAGUGGCGCCAGCGCUCGGCAGGCUCGCCUCUGUCAGUGCGCCCCAGAUCCGGUGUGGCUACAUCGUAGCUCAUCCCCACCAGCGUUUGAAUGUGUGUGAAUGGGUGAAUUGACUGAUUGUGUUGUAAAGCGCCUUGGGGGGUUCCAGAACUCUAGAAGUCACUAUAUCAAAUCCAGGCCAUUUAACCCUCUGGAGGCAGGCAUUGCAGAUUUGCAACGUUAAAACCUACCUACCUGGUUACUCCACAUAUGUAUUUCAUGAGCACUUUUUAACUCAGAAGUACCCCUGAAGGACUUAGUUGUUUGUCCUUUUAUCAAAACUUAUUUUGAGCCUGAGAGGGUUAAACUGUUGGAACACUUGUGAAGAAAAUGGUGGUGCACCGUUUUUAACAACGAGAAGUAAGCCACAUUACAGCCACAUUGAGUCGUAUUUCCUGAUAUUUGGACAUCUCUUCUCUGAUUGGAUAACAGCAACACAAUUCUACCAUUGACUUGUUUGUUUUUGCAAUGUUGAUGUUAACAACACAAACCUGGAGGAGUUCAGCUGUGUGGUGGAGUUACUAAUGCUAAUAGUUAGCUCCUACUAGCUGAGACGUUCUCUGCUGUUUCCUGGACACUAAACCAACAACAGCCUUCCUUGUCAUGAGCCAAGAUGGGUGAGUCCAUGAAUGUUAGGUGACAGUGUGACGUAGAUCUGUCAGGAUUUUCUAAUCCUAGAGUUUCCCUUUUAUCAGAAGCUAAUAUAGUAGAUAGGUGAAGGAGAUUAUUUUCAUGUUCAGCCUUCAUAAAAACUCAAAGUGAUCAACUAUAAUCAAAAAUUGUUAUUGAAAAUGUUUUUUUUCCAGUGUUCCACAACUUUUUGAUCAAAUAAGGCUUCUCAUGCCAAAUUUUAGAGGAUAUUUCCUAAAGUACUGUAAACUCUUUAAAUCUGCAACUUUUUCACAGUCAUCUAUCAGAAAGAUGCAAAUGUGCACGCAGACAUGUUAAUGCUCAACACAACUAAACCAUUAGCUCAAAACCCAAGUCACACAUCACAAUAUGGAUUCAAACAGAUGAUGCAAUAGGAGCUCUGCAGCUGUCUGCUGUGUGUCAUCUCCUGAAACACACAGCAGCAACUUUACAAAUCAUUUCCAAUACGAUCAAUCAUGUUACACAGAAAAAAAGCAUCCUGUUUAUUACUUUCGUCUACAGCUCUAGUUAGUAAAACCAUGUUUCAUUCAAAAUAAUGCUACCACUAAUAUUUAUGUUUUUUAUUUGUAGUGAUGCUGAUAAACAAUAUGGCUGUCUUGUCAUAUACAGUGGUGUAAAAAAGAUUUUCUCUUCUCUUUUCUGCUUUUGUUUUCAUGUCUUACUUUAAAGACCAAGUUCACUCAGCUUUUCAACACCCUUGCAGUGGUCGCUAGUAUACCUUGUGAGUUGGUCUCUGUGGGGAAAAAGCUCUAGCACUCCUGUUUCAGGAGCAAGACAUGCGCCAAAGCAGAGGCGAGCAGAACACGGCCGAAUUUCGAGUCUUAUUUCCUGAUAUACAAACAUCUUGCCUCUGAUUGGCUAUCAGUAACACUCUACCACUGACUCUGUUUGCUUUUCAACAAUUAUGUUUUAUUUCCACAAAUAACACAAGCCUGAAGGAGUUCUGCUAUGUUGUAGACUUGCUAAUGCUAACAGUUAGCUUUUAAUUGCCAGGACGAGCUCUGCUCUCUUCUGGACGCUAAACCAACAACAGCCUUCCCCGUCACGAGCCAAGAUGGGUGAGUCCAUUAAUGUUAAUUUUAAACAUGACGUGCUAUUUACUGACUUUUCUAAUCCGAGCAAUUAUCUAUCUGCUAAUAAUACAGGAAAUGGGGGUGGAAGACUAUUUUCACAUUUAUCCUGCAUGUGAAACUCAGAGCGACUGAUAAUUUUUCAAAAAUAACCACCAAAAAAAAGGUUUCUAAAUGCACUUGGUUCUUUAAUACUUUAAAUCAGUAAAAAUAAUAAAAUAAAGAAAAAUCAAAUGACAAAAAAAGAUAACCCGAGUAAAUAAAAAAAUAGUAAUUUCAAGAAAAAAGUUCUACAUUAAUCUGGGUCUACACUAUCAGUCAAGUUUUAGAACACCCCAAUGUUUCCAGUUAAGUAUUGCAGUUUAAGUCAUUCAAGUCCAAUGAAUAGCUUGAAAUGGUACAAAGUUAACUGGUGAACUGCCAGAGGUUAAAAAAGGUAAGGUUACUCAAAACUGAAAAAUAAUGUUCAUUUCAGAAUUAUACAAAAAGGCCUUUUUCAGGAACCACAGCUGUUCUGCAGCAAUUGAGGUUGAUCAAGCCUUAAAAGCUGGUGCUACUAAUAGGUGUUCCAACUUUUCUGGAUUACUUACAACACCCUCUGUCUGCAUCAAAGCAGUGUUGGAACAUACUGUGGUACCAUACCCUGAUGAGCAUCAGUUGAACAGUAUUGUACUGCAGAUAAUGGUGUUUUGCUACAAAAAUGGUGAGAAAAAGGCAAUUAACAAUGGAAGAGAGACAGACCAUCAUGACAGUUAAAAAUGUAGGUAUUUCCUACAGAGAAAUUGCAAAGAAAGUCAAUGUGUUAGUGAGUACAGUUUCCUUCACCAUCAAAAGUCACUCUGGGGCAAACUCUGACAGGAAGAUGUCUGGCACACCCAAAGCCGCAACUGCAUCAGAGGACAAGUUUCUGAGAGCCAACAGCUUUUGUGAUAGGCAGCUCACAGGACAACAGCUUCAAGCACAGCUUAAUAGUGGUCGUAGUAAGCAAGUUUCAGUUUCAACUGUGAAGAGAAGACUUUGAGCUGCAGGUUUGACAGGAGGAGUUGCAGCAAGAAAGCCACUGCUAACAUGUCAGAAUAAGAGAAUGAGGCUUGCCUGGGCCAUGAAAUACCACCAUUGGACUACUGAAGACUGGAAGAAGGUAUUAUGGACUGAUGAAUCCAAAUUUGAAAUCUUCAGUUCAUCAUGCAGGAUCUUCGUACGCCGUCGAGUAGGCGAAAGGAUGGUUCCACAAUGUGUGACAUCAACUGUCAAACAAUGAGGAGGAAGUGUGAUGGUCUGGGGCAUUUUUGCUGGAUCCAGGGUCGGUAGUUUGUACAGAGUGAGAUGCACCCUGAACCAGAACGGCUACCACAGCACUCUGCAGCACCAUGCAGUACCAUCUGCUUUGCACCUAGUUGGUUGAUAAUGACCCAAUACAUAAGUCCAAGCUAUGCCAGAACUACCUCAGGAAAAAAGAACAAGAUGGUGAACAUGGAGUGGCCAGCACAGUCUGCAGACUUAAACCCCAUGGAGCUGGUUUGGGAUGAACUGGACAGAAGAGUGAAGGCAAAGCAACCUACAAGUGUCACACAUUUAAGGGAACUUCUGCAACAGAUAUGGAAGAACUUUCUGAAGAAUAUUUAAUUUGUAUGGUAGAAAGAAUGCCACGAGUGUGUUCAGCUGUUGUAUCUGCCAAAGGUGGCUACUUUGAUGAGUCAAAAGUUUAGAAUACAUUUUGGUCUAUAAAUUGAUUCCAUGACUUCUUUUUUUAACUCCAAUUGCUUAUUUGUACUAUGCUUUCAUUUCAGAGUAAAAUGUGACAUUAAACUGCAUCAUUUCCAAAAAAAAAACUGGAAAAAUUGGGGCGUUCUAAAACUUCUGACCAGUAGCGUAUAUUAAUGAGUAAGUGACCACUCUUUAUGACAAAUGUGUUGCGUCACUGUGGAGGGCUGUUGAGCACGUUUCUUGUUUUACGUUCAGCCCCAUCAGAGAGAAUUUCAGAAAUAAAACCAGUUUAAAGCCCAACCACAAGGCCAGCCUUUGAUUUGUCUAUUAAAAAAAAAGUUUUCUUUCAUUCUAAUUAGAUUCUUUUGGACAUGUUGAUGUGCUCUGGAUCAGUGUUCUGCUGCUUCAAACCGUGAGCUCAAAGUGAUUUUCUGGUAGAUAGGUGAAUUCAUGGUUCUAUCAAUUACAGGAAGUCGUCCAGAUCCUGAAGUAGCAAAUCACCACCAGACCAUCACACUUCCACCACCAUGUUUGAUGGUUGGUGUGAUGUUCUUCUUAGCUUUACUCUGACCCAUACAGGAACAAGGCCUUCCAAAAACUUCCACUUUUCUUAUAUCAAUUCACGGGACUCUUUUCUAAAUGGUCCAGGUACUGUCUAUGUUUAUUUGUUUAAUGUGAGACAGGACUUUGAGGAUUUUUGGUCUUUUUUUCUGUGAUGUGUUGCUUUUUGAGAUUUUGUGGCAUACUUCAUCUAAUCAGACAUGUUCUAUAAAAUUUCUUUUUUCAACAAAUCUGGUAAAAAAAAAGGUCUAGUUGUGGCCACUGAGUGUGAACUUAGCUUUUCUAAAAAUGUUAUUAAACACUGUUAAUUUGUGAGUAAAAAGGGGGUAGGGUCCCUUUUUCACAUCGAUCCAGGUUAGCUUGAAUAUUUUCUGUCAUUCUGCAUCCGUGUCAGUCGUGUCCUUCAACAAGACUUCUUGCCUGCUGUUGGUGAUUUAAGGGCAGCUGUGACCACAAUGUAGCUCAUCACUACUAGAGUGGGAAUGAUGCCCCUCACUUGGAAAAGUGCUACACAAACGUGGAACUAAAUCAGUGUUGUAAAACUUUCCUUUUUUACUUACCUGUGAUGUCUUUGCCUGAUACUGACGUGCUAAUCUGAGUGGGAAAUACUUUUUCACAGCUCAUUUGAUUUUGUUAACAUGGUUCCACCAUGAUGUAUUUUUAACCUGAACAUUUUAAACCCUAUUACAAUAGAAGGAAAAAUAUGACUUAUGUCACUAUGUAAGGUACAGUUAAUUGUGUUGUAAACUAGCAAAAUAACCUUGUAUGCUCCCAGAAACUAAAAGUCAAAGGUGGUAUGAAAGGCACUUAUUGGUACUGUGUAGAACUUUUGAAAAAUUUCCUUUUGAAAUGUCUUAAAUGUAAUUUGUGUUAUUGAUACCGAGCUUGUAAAUCUGAACGUUUAACCCUGACAUCAGAUUAAUUCCAGAGGUAUGCACAUUCUUUACAGUCUGUGGGCACAGAGUCCAUGGAAGUGGGACUUUCUCGCUGCGAGGAACAAAGCUUUGUGGAUUUUUAAUAAACCAUUAAUGGUCACAGUUAUGGUAUAUUGAUUUUUUCCCCUCCUUCAAGUCUGCUUCUACCAUGGAUGUAUUAAAUAUGCUUCAGGUUUGUGUUUUGCAUUAGAUGAGUAGAGGUGAAAAGUUAAAUUAAAGAAGUGGAUGUUAAGUGCAUAAAAGGAAAUAAAUCAACACCACAAACUGUGAUGCAAGGUAAGAAAAAAACAAUAUAAAAAAUAUAUAGCAUGAUACUUGGAGCACCCUGAGGUCCUUUUCUCUUCUCUUUUCUUCAUUACAUUCAGGUAAAAUAAUGAAACCCGUCCUUGGAUGAUAUCAAUGGCACAUCAGGCAUGUUUAUAUUAAAUUCAGUGAGGUUCUGUGCUGCUAAGAGUCACAAUGCCAUCCUGGUUGUAUAUGGGUGUUGUUUUUUUCUCCUUCCUUUGAGGAAAGGACACAUGUGACGCAUCACUGUAAAACUGGCUGCCAUGUUUAGUGUUUAUUUCUGCCUAAAUCAUCUCAUAACUUCUACAACACGUGUGGAUAAUAUUUAGCAUCAGUUGCUAAAUCUUUCAUCUAUUUUAUUUUAGGUAUUACCCUCAGUAAAAGGUGUUCAUCAUUAGCCAAAUAAGUUACUGCCUUGAAAAUACUGUAAUACUUGUUUGGUUGGUAACUAAAUAAACUCGUGACUCAUG